AGCCUCAGCAGCAGUAGGUCUCAACAUACACAGAGGGAAAAGUAGGAUUCUCCGAUACAACACAGAAUGCACCAAUCCAAUCGCACUUGAUGGAGAAGAUUUGGAAUAUGUAAAAUCCUUUAUAUAUCCGGGCAGUGUCAUGGAUGAACACGGUAGAUCUGAUGCAGAUGUGAAGGUGCGGAUUGACAAAGCAAGAGCAGAAUAUCUGCAAUUGAAGAACAUCUGGAACUCAAAACAACUGUCGAUCAACAUGAAGGUCAGGAUUUCCAAUACAAAUGUCAAGACAGUUCUAUUGUAUGGGGUGGAAACGUGAAGAACUACGAAAGCCAUCAUCCAGAAUAUGCAACCUACUAUGGGAAAAAAUAAACCAGAUUCCAGAGGAGGAAGAAAUCAGGAAGAAGCGCUGGAAGUGGAUAGGACACACAUUGAGGAAAGCACCGAACUGCGUCACAAGGCAAGCCCUCACAUGGAAUCCUGAAGGCCAAAGGAAGAGAGGAAGACCAAAGAAGACAUUACGACGAGAAAUGGAGACAGACAUGAGAAGAAUGAACAACAAUAUGAUAGAACUGGAAGGGAGGGAAGAAUGCUGAUCAGUGGCCU